AGAAGCAAGCUUCCUGCUGAGCAGGGAGCCCGAUGUGGGGCUAGAUCCCAGGACCCUAGGAUCAUGCCCUGAGCCAAAGGCAGAUGUUUACCCAACUGAGCCACCCAGGCACCCCUAACUACUAGAAUUUUAAUCAAGAUUGGGUGGAUAUAGAAUGUGAGGAGGUUGUGACUAGAACAAGACUAGAGGAUAGAGUGACUGACUUGUCUUCAUUUGCCCAAGACUAUCCCAGUUUUAAAACCAAGUCCAUAUCCCCCACCUCCCGCCCCUUAAAACAAAAUGGAAAGCCCCAUAUUCCGGGAACCUCCUCAGUCUUGGGCAAAUUGGAAUGGUUGUCCAACCUACUAGAGAAGUUUACUAGAGUCCAGUUCAUAAUAUCUGGACUCUGGGGAAAUGGGAGAGUACUAAAGGUUUUGAGACAGAGAGCUGCUGUGUUUGGGUUUGAAAUCACUUGGACUGCACUGUGGAGAUUAUAUUGGAGGAACGUGGGAGUAGAUUUUUAGGAGGCUGAUAUAAUAAUCCAAGUGUAUGAUGGUAGCCUCAAUUAAGACAGUCUAAUAGAAGUGAAUUUUUUUUAAAGAUUUUUUUUUAUUUAUUUGAGAGAGAGAAUGAGAUAGAGAGCAUGAGAGGGGAGAGGGUCAGAGGGAGAAGCAGACUCCCUGCUGAGCAGGGAGCCCGAUGCGGAACUCGAUCCCGGGACUCCAGGAUCAUGACCUGAGCCAAAGGCAGUUGCUUAACCAACUGAGCCACCCAGGCGCCCCUAAUAGAAGUGAAUUAAUGUGAUAAGUAUUUAGGAGGUAGAGUGAUAGUUAUUAGUGAUUGGCUGGAAAAUAAGGGAGAUUUCAGUUACCGGAUUGGUGAUUGCAUUUGUCACUGAGGUAGAAAAUGCAGAAGGAGAAUUUCAUGGGAAUCUGUUGAGAUGGAGGUGACUGUGGACCAUGGAGGUCAUGGAGGCCAGUGAGCAACAGAUAGAUCAGUAACUCUUAAAGGACUGGUAGAUUUUAGAGAGCUUAUAAAUUCCAGAGAUCUUUGAAGCCAUGGGAAUGGAUGUGAUUGUUCAAGAGGAAAAGGGUAUAAAAUGAAAGAACAAACUAGGACAGAAACUUGAGGAUCCUCAGUCUUUAGGAACCCACAGGAGAAACUGAAAAGGAUUAGCUAGGAAGUUCGAGAUAACCAGGAGCAUGUGGAUGCCGCAGAGCCAAGGCAAGAGAAGUGUUCCAAGUAGAUAAAAGGUAGAAAAUGUUGUUAGCCCAAAUAAAUCGAGAUUCUCAGGGAAUGACAGAGUUUCCUGGAGGAGGAAUGGAGGCUCAACACGUUACCCUGUGCCUGACAGAGGCAGUGACAGUGGCAGAUGGUGACAAUUUAGAAAAUAUGGAAGGUGUAAGCUUGCAAGCAGUAACACUUGCAGAUGGUUCUACCGCUUAUAUACAACACAAUUCUAAAGAUGGAAAACUCAUAGAUGGCCAGGUUAUUCAGUUGGAGGAUGGUUCUGCUGCCUAUGUUCAACAUGUACCCAUACCUAAAAGUACAGGGGACAGUUUGCGUUUAGAGGAUGGCCAAGCAGUGCAGCUAGAAGAUGGAACUACAGCGUUUAUUCACCAUACCUCCAAAGACAGUUAUGACCAGAGUGCAUUGCAGGCGGUGCAGCUGGAAGACGGCACCACUGCGUACAUCCACCAUGCGGUGCAGGUCCCGCAGUCGGACACCAUCUUGGCAAUUCAGGCUGAUGGGACGGUGGCAGGUCUGCACACUGGGGAUGCCACGAUUGACCCUGACACCAUCAGUGCUUUGGAACAGUAUGCGGCAAAGGUGUCCAUUGAUGGAAGUGAAAGUGUAACAGGUACUGGAAUGAUUGGAGAAAAUGAGCAAGAGAAAAAAAUGCAGAUUGUCUUACAAGGACAUGCGACAAGAGUAACUGCUAAAUCCCAGCAGAGUGGAGAGAAGGCAUUUCGAUGUGAAUAUGACGGAUGUGGAAAAUUAUAUACGACAGCUCAUCAUCUUAAGGUCCAUGAGAGAUCACACACAGGAGACCGGCCUUAUCAGUGUGAGCAUCUAGGCUGUGGGAAAGCAUUUGCAACAGGUUAUGGAUUAAAAAGUCAUGUCAGAACUCAUACAGGAGAAAAGCCAUAUCGGUGUUCAGAAGAUAAUUGUACUAAAUCUUUCAAAACUUCAGGAGAUCUACAGAAACAUAUCAGAACUCAUACAGGAGAAAGGCCUUUUAAAUGUCCCUUUGAAGGCUGCGGUCGGUCUUUUACAACAUCAAAUAUCAGAAAAGUGCAUAUUAGGACACAUACAGGAGAAAGACCGUAUUACUGCACAGAACCAGGAUGUGGGAGGGCAUUUGCCAGUGCAACCAAUUAUAAAAAUCACGUGAGGAUACACACAGGUGAAAAGCCAUAUGUUUGUACAGUCCCCGGGUGUGACAAAAGGUUUACAGAAUAUUCCAGUUUGUACAAACAUCAUGUUGUUCACACUCAUUCCAAACCAUAUAACUGUAACCACUGUGGGAAGACCUACAAGCAGAUCUCCACACUGGCCAUGCACAAACGGACGGCCCACAAUGACACUGAGCCCAUCGAGGAGGAGCAGGAAGCCUUCUUUGAGCCUCCCCCGGGUCAAAGUGAAGAUGUUCUUAAAGGGUCCCAGAUCACGUAUGUUACAGGUGUGGAAGGGGACGAUGUUGUGUCUACACAAGUAGCCACGGUAACCCAGUCUGGGCUGAGUCAGCAAGUUACACUCAUAUCCCAGGAUGGGACUCAGCAUGUCAACAUAUCUCAAGCUGACAUGCAAGCCAUUGGCAAUACCAUCACAAUGGUAACACAGGAUGGCACACCCAUCACAGUCCCGGCUCACGAUGCAGUCAUCUCCUCAGGAGGAACACACUCUGUCGCUAUGGUUACGGCUGAGGGCACAGAAGGACAGCAGGUUGCAAUUGUGGCUCAGGACUUGGCAGCAUUCCAUACUGCCUCAUCAGAAAUGGGGCACCAGCAGCACAGCCAUCACUUAGUAACCACAGAAACCAGGCCUCUGACCUUAGUGGCCACAUCCAACGGCACCCAGAUUGCAGUUCAGCUUGGAGAACAGCCAUCUCUGGAAGAAGCCAUCAGAAUAGCAUCUAGGAUCCAACAAGGAGAAACGCCAGGGUUGGAUGAUUAAUCCUCGAAACAGUGGGGCACUACAUCAGAAGGAGCCUUUCAAAUCUUCAGGCAGCAGACAUCCAUGAGCCCGGGCCCAGGAAAAUUAGAAUUUUUCCAUUCCUGACAUACUGUACACAUUUUUAUGCAAGAGUGGAGAACAGUUUAUUCUUGACACUUUUGUGUAUAUAACUCUUGGAAUAGAUUCCCAAACAGAUUCAUUGUGUACAAGGUUGUAUGAAAUUAGGGCAAUACAGUAAAGUUUCACGUUACUCUUUUAUCAGUUUGCAAACUCCUAGCGUCUACAUGCAAGAUCAGUGGAGUCUUACGGAGUCUUAUGAUGGAUUUUUAACUUACUGUGAAAAAAUAAAAAAAGGCUGUAUCUAAAACGUCAAAGGUUCUAUACUUCAAACAAUCAAUUCCAAAAGCCAUCAUGGAUAAUAAAGGAUGUAAAGCCUUCAAAUAUUUCCCCAAGUUAA